UAAUAAGAGUCGCGCAUAUAUUUCAGUUGCAAAUAUAAUAGAUACAGACUAGAACGUGUUUAAUUGUAAUUUAUUUCAUUCCACGGCAGUAUUGAGGAUUGUGAUAUUAUCGGGAAGGUAAUAUUAAAGGGGUUUGUAUAGUUGCUCAUGAACAUCAUUCGUGAAGCUGCUCAACUCAACUGCUAAGGUACAUAUUAUGAAACGUAGCGCUUCACGAGAUUCACCAUCCAGAACAAGUCAUUCUUCACGCUCUCGUUCUACAGCUAUGGGACGCGGUGCAUAUGAUAACGGAGGCAUGGCCGGGGACUCGCCGGAGCGCAUGUCUCCAGACCGUUUAAGACGCCGUGUUGGACGCUCCCCCAGCCCUCGUGCCCGUUAUACUGGCGGGUCUCCUCACCGGGAAGAGUAUAUUCGUGGCGCCCCCAUGCCAACUUCUGACAGGCCAUCUUAUAAAGUUCUUUGUGUGUCGGCCUUGCACUCGAAAGCAUCUGAUGAAUUCAUUAAAGAAACUUUGUAUCGUGAAUACAAAAAGUUUGGCGAUUUUAGCAUUCGUAUUUCCCAUGACUUGGAUGAAAGGGUAGCGUACGUUUGCUUCCGUACAGCUGAAGAUGCUAGGGAAGCGAAACAUCAUAAGCCAAGAAUUGUUCUCUAUGAUAAAGUGGCCUUGGUAGAGCCAGUAUAUGAGUCUUCAGGUCGCGGUGAACACAGGUCGCGAGGACGUUCACUGACGCCACCGGAAUAUGACCGCUACCAUUACUCACGAGUGCCAGUGCCUCCCCCUGGACCACCGGAACACCGCCGACCACCAUUGGACCCUUAUGAUCGGUAUGGACCACCGCAUAUUUCUUCACAUCCUCAUUCCAGAGAAUACCGCCCGAUCCAUCAUGAAUACCCAAUGCCACCUCGUGGGCCUCCAAUACAUCGCGGUCCCCCGCAUAUUCAUGGGCCUCCACCACAUUAUGGUGGUCCACCUCGCCACCUUGGCCCAAGACCUCAUGUACCAUAUGAAAAGCCUGAAAACAAAAAAGAUAAAUUUCCCAAUUAUUUACAUCAUGUUCAACCCGAAGAUGACCCUCUUGCUACUCGCACGCUUUUUGCUGGAAACCUAGAAGUAUCUAUUUCAGAUGAAGAAUUACGCCAUUUUGGAAAAUAUGGUAUUGUGGACGAUAUUGAUAUCAAAAGACCGCCACCUGGUACAGGAAAUGCCUUUGCUUUUGUGCGGUACCAAAAUUUAGAUAUGGCGCACAGGGCCAAGUGCGAAUUGUCUGGACAAUACAUUGGAAAGUUUCAAUGCAAGAUAGGCUAUGGCAAAGUUACUCCAGCCACUCGUAUAUGGGUCGGUGGUUUGGGCGCCUGGACAUCUGUAACACAACUGGAGAGGGAAUUUGCGUUCGGAGCCAUUAAAAAAAUCGAGUACCAAAAAGGCGAUACUUGUGCUUAUAUUCAAUACGAAACCGUGGAAGCAGCAACAGCUGCAGUUAAGGAAAUGCGCGGAUUUCCCUUAGGUGGUCCCGAAAGAAGGCUUAGAACCGAUUUCUCGGAGCUCCCAGGCGUGACGCCCACAGCUGCUCCUUUUAAGCCAAAAUAUGACGAAGCUGCCAUAUCAGCUGCAGAAUACAGACGUCCAGAAUACGAUUAUCAUUAUGAAGAGCCACAUCAUCAUCAUCAUCACUAUGCUCCUCGUGGGGGGUAUUCGCCGUAUCCUCCCCGUGGAUCAUAUCGUGGGCGUGGAGGUUAUCGCGGACGCGGCCGGGGAUCUUAUCAUUAUCCCAAUGAUGUUCAUCGCCCAAUACAUCCCAGCACUUUAGCUCCAACAUCAACGUCGGCCAUUCCACCACCAGCUGGUAUUGAAGAUGAAUGGCGUCGCCCACCUGGUGAGCCUGGAUUCGAAAGAGGUCGGUCCGCUUCCCGCGAAAUCCGAGCUGAUCGUUCGCGUUCACGUUCUCCACAUAAGCGAACACAUUCUCCUGGUUCUGACUCAGAUUCAUCGCAGCGUCGUAAUGGCUCGACAUCUUUAGCAUCGGCUCGCGCUCUUUCCGAUGUGGCUCGAAAAUGCACGGUUGUUUGGCAAGGUGCCCUUACUAAGAGUUCCUUGUUUCCAGCCAAAUUUCAUCUUACCGAUGGUGAUGCCGAUAUUGUAGACUCGCUAAUGCGUGAUGAAGAAGGAAAGCAUAAUUUGCGAAUCACCCAACGGCUACGUCUCGAUCCGCCAAAAUUGGAAGAUGUGCAGAAACGCAUUACCUCGUCGUCCUCCCAUGCCAUAUUCUUAGGCUUGGCUGGCUCUACAUCCACAACGAUUGCUUCCGAAGAUAGUUCAGUGCAAACCAGACCUUUGCGGAACUUGGUUUCAUAUCUCAAGCAGAAAGAAGCUGCUGGUGUUAUAUCAUUGCUAAACAAAGAGACGGAAGCCACUGGCGUGUUGUAUGCGUUUCCACCUUGUGACUUUUCAGCGGAAUUAUUGAAGAGAACUUGCUCGUCCGUCAGUGAAGAGUCAUUUAAGGAGGACCACCUCGUGGUAGUAGUGGUGAGAGGUGGAACUGCUUAAAAGAAGGAAAAAAUGUCCUACAUCAAUUCAUUGAUUUCACAUGAAUAAUUAUUUUGAUUGACAAGUAAAACGUUGAUCAUCCCCCUUCACAUUCUUGACAAAUUAAUUAAUAAUACCAAAAUUCCGAAUAAGAAUAACGUGUCCAUACACAUAAAACUACAUCCAUACAUACAUACUAAAACCCCUCCUCCUACCAUCCCGAUAAUCAAGCUCCAUUGUAUAAUAUAUAAAUUCACAAAUGCUAAUCUUUGCUUUCCAUGGCAAAGACAUCCAUAUAUGUUGCACCCGAAUAUGCACAUUUUUAAUUGGUAUAUCUAUUUUGCUCCACAGUCGUGUUGCUACCUGUCGUUGAACUGUGCCAACUAUGAAUACAAAACUUAUACAUAGAUUUAGCUUCCAAAGUUAUAUAUGGAAAUAUCAUCAAAAAUGUGAAAGUGUGAAUAUAUCCCGAAGGAAAGUUAAAUUUGCGAUCAUGAUGCUCUGCGAAAUGAAA